AAACCGCUGAUGGAAAAAAAGAGAAGAGCGCGCAUAAAUACCUGCUUGGAUCAGCUAAAAACCCUACUGGAAGGCUUCUACUCCAACAAUAUCCGAAAGCGGAAAUUUGAAAAAGCGGACAUUUUGGAACUAACUGUGAAGCACCUGAAGCAUCUUCAAAACACUGAGAAAGUAUCGGCUGUUAACUCUGCUAUCACUGAAUAUCAGGCCGGCUUCAGGACUUGCAUCGCCGGUGUGCAUCAGUAUCUUCUCAUGAGCAACGCAAACCCUGCGCUCAGGUCUAACGCGCUUGCGCACCUGUCUAACGCACUACUAUGCCUCAGCGCGCGACUACCGGAUUCCAGUACCGCGGACAGCGACGGCUCCUUGAAGGCUCGCACGCCCACAUCUCCUCGCACCGACGUCAUGUGUCUCCUGACUGACGUCAAAGUGUCUCAAAACGUUAAACGAAAACGGACAGAAAUCUCCAACAAAGAAAAAACAACACACAAGCACAUCGUUGUUAACCAAAACUGUAGUGCUUCUACAAACUUACAGCACAAUUAUUGGCGGCCCUGGUAG